UCAAAGUCAUACCUGGAAUUCCGAGUUCGACAUGGGGUGAUCCUCAGGAACGGCUCCAAGAAAUGCACGGGCCGUUCCAGAGCCGCAUAACAUCUUUCGUAGCCAGUCUGCCUUGGGAAAAGAUCGAACGGCUUGCAAGUUCAUAUCGCCAACCAAGCCUGAUAUGCACUGUCAGCCGUGAGAAGUACACCUGGGGCGUCUUCAGCUUGGUUUUAGAGCUCAUUUUUGAGGAUGGUGUUCCCUGGGUUAUCCGUCUUCGCAUGCCGCCUUCAGCUAUACGAUGGCUGGAACGUAUGGAACGAUUCGAGGAGCAAGUGCUAGUCAGCGAGCACGCGACCAUGCAGCUUGUGAAAGAACGAACCUCUAUCCCCGUUCCAGUGCUCAUCGCGUGGUCGUCAACACCAGACAACCCGAUCGGAAUACCCUUCGUUAUGCAGGAAGCGAUCGUUGGCUACAGGCCCGGACAAGUGGGAAUCACGUUUGAAGGCGAUCCGGUGAACGAGAAAUCCCGCCGGUAUACGGAGCAGAUUGCGGACUUCCAUCUUCAACUUAGCAAAAUUCGAUUUUCCCAGCUCGGAUCCGUGCAACUGGACGGAAAAGGAGGGUAUCGUAUUGGCCCAGUAGCGCAAUGGCAACGUGGACCUUACACGUCCGCGUUGGCAUACUAUACCUUCUUGGCGGGUAGGAUGGUAAGUUUCGCGGCGGCUGGCGACCGUCCGACAAACGCCAAGGAGCGCCAGGACAGAUUCAAGAGACUCUUCUCCGCCUGGCUGUAUCGGACUGCCAUCGUGCAUGUUGCAAACUCGGAUGACGGAAGAGGUCCGUUCCCCUUGGCACACAAUGAUUUGCAUAUGGGGAACACGAUCGUUGAUGAGGAUGGCAACAUUCUCGCUGUGCUUGACUGGGAUCACGCGCACACAGUUCCACUUGAGAGGUUCUCGUCCCCAUCUGCCGAAUUUGGAUCCCUGCCUUACACACCGGAGCGAGGAACCAACCAGCGCUCCAAGCUCUUCCAAGAGUUCCUGCUCGAGCUGGAGCCAAAAUACUACCCCACCCCUGCGACUGCCUCUGGCCGUACGCUCGCAGAGCUACACCGGUCAACAGAGGGAUGUAUCGCGGCGGUUAUUGGCGCGCAUUUGGAGAACUCGAGGUGCGACUUUGAGUGGGCGCAUGAUUUGUACAAGCUCGUGUUUGGACCCGAAGCGGACGUGGACAAGGAGUGGAAGAGGAUUGUCGAUGCCCCGCUAUUUCGUAGCUGGAUGGAGGGGCUCAAGAAGUUGAAAGAUACGAAGACGUGAACUCAAAGAUGUGAAUGCAUUAGUGUUUGUGCUCUCUUUGUG